CUGGAUAUUGCUUUUGUCUCCGACUCUACCACCACUCCCACCACAAACAACUGCUGGAUUGUCUCUCCACAAGAGAAUGGAUCGACCUCUCCCAAAUUAAUCAGAGAGAAAAGUCAUUCGCAAGAUUCCCCAAAUCGUGGUAAAAUUCAAUUCAAUAUCCAUCCAAUUUAAUAAGGUGACGCUGCCUACCUAGUCGUAAGUGUCAGUAAUAUUUACUGGGGUCCUGCGUUGGUCUCUGCAGCUGGCUGGCUCCCUGUUCAUUCGGUUGCUUAAUUCCUCCAUGGCGACAACAACUUCCGUCUCGCCCGCUACUCUUGAGCGAAAUACUUCACGACGAGGGUACAACAAUUCAGCCCCCCAUCGUUCCCAAUCGACAAGAGUUAAAAGCACCACCACCGACUCACCACAGCGGUCACAUUCACAUUCACAUCACCAUCGUCCAUCAUCAUCAUCACGACAUGCGGCUAUAGAAGAAUCCGUACCCCGGGCGAAUUAUGAGACUGCGAACGUCGCGCAACCAUCAAGAAAAAUAUCAAGCAGAGACGGCUCAGCUCCCUCGAGACACGAAUCGACCAGAAGCGCAUCAAGCAAUCAUCGAUCAACCCAUCACAGUCGACACUCAAACGACAUGGCGACCGCUGCAGCAAACGGCGGAGGCCCAGCCCCCGUCGUGACACCGCAAGAAUCAAGACAUGCUGCACACAAGGGAAAAUCGAGAACUACGAUACCCGCCCUGUCCGGAAAUUGGAUUUUAGGCAAGACCAUUGGUCAAGGUAGUAUGGGUAAGGUGAAGCUGGCAAGGAGGGCCGAGGGAGGUGAACAGGUUGCCGUCAAAAUUGUUCCGCGAGGAUCCACCGAUGAUAACCACAACCAAAGUCGAGCUGAUAGAGAAAGAGCCGACCAUUCGAAAGAAGUUCGCACCGCUCGUGAAGCGGCUAUCGUUACCCUGUUGGACCACCCGUACAUCUGCGGCAUGAGGGAUGUUGUGCGUACGACAUAUCAUUGGUAUAUGCUAUUUGAGUAUGUGAAUGGAGGACAGAUGCUUGACUAUAUCAUCUCGCAUGGAAGAUUGAAGGAGAAGCAAGCUCGGAAAUUCAGCAGACAAAUUGCUAGCGCCUUGGACUAUUGUCACCGAAAUAGCAUUGUUCACAGAGAUCUGAAGAUUGAGAACAUUCUCAUUAGCAAGACGGGAGAUAUCAAAAUUAUUGAUUUCGGCUUGAGUAAUUUGUUUGCUCCACGAAAUCACCUCAAGACUUUCUGCGGCAGUCUUUACUUCGCGGCUCCGGAGUUAUUGCAGGCAAAGGCAUAUACUGGACCUGAGGUUGAUGUUUGGAGUUUUGGUAUCGUACUUUACGUUCUGGUCUGCGGCAAGGUUCCUUUUGAUGACCAAAGUAUGCCGGCACUGCAUGCAAAGAUCAAGAGAGGAAUUGUCGAUUAUCCAAAUUGGCUGACUCCUGAAUGUAAACAUCUUAUUUCCAGGAUGCUGGUGACUGAUCCAAAGCAACGUGCAACACUACAGGAAAUCAUGAGCCAUCAGUGGAUGAUAAAACAGUACGGUAGUCCACCUGAGAAUUAUCUGCCAGUUCGAGAUCCCUUAACACUUCCUUUGGAUGACGAUAUCAUCAACAGCAUGACCGGCUUUGACUUUGGCCCACCAGAACUCAUUAAACAACAAUUGACUGAUGUCAUCAAGUCGUCCGAAUAUGGUCAUGCCGUGCGUCUAGCAAUGCAGGAGCGAGAAAACUCUGGUCCUCCUCGCGACUCGGAGAGAAAGAGAGGGGUAUUCGACUUUUACAAAAGAAGAAAUUCCACUACGAGCCGAGAUACCUUGACUGCGCCAAGUUCAGAACUCCUUCAAGUCGGCAACGACCCUGUGAACGCCUAUCACCCUCUCAUCUCCGUGUAUUACCUCGUUAAAGAGAAACGCGAGCGUGAUGCCCUCGAAUCUAGCCCAGGCGCAACUUCAAUGCCACGGGUGCCUGGUGAAGCUCCACUACAGAUGGCAGAAAUUUCCGCCCCCAAGCCAGCUUAUACGAACGCAACGGCCUAUGAGAUGCCUGGCGAGAAAGCUACCGGAGGUCGAUCGCGCCCACGUGCCCGCACUCAUGGCGAGGAUGAAGUGACAGAAGGGAUGAAGAAUGUCAAACUUGGUGGCUCUACUGCCCCGCCAUCACCGGCAAUUGUGGAACCCGUGGAGCAAUCGGCUAGGAAGGAAAGUACUGCUGCUGGUAUCCUGAGAAGGUUCAGUACACGACGACGCAAGGAACCUCCAUCAUCUGAAAAAACCGGCAAUCAUCUCACCGUCGGAUCGUCGAAUGAGCCAUCAACACUUAGAAAGAGUUUCAGUGUGCGCCGACACCGUGAUCGGGAUGGGGAUGGACAUCUUCGUCCCAGUGGAAGUGAGCGCCAACAUAGUGAUCUUCUCACUCCACGAUCUGCAGAAAAUUCGGGAAGUUCUAAAUUAGGUCGAUCAACGAGCGUCAACUCCGCAGAAUAUAGACGACGAGAAAAUCGACGAGGAGCUGGAUCGGGAGCAGGAGCUGCUGCUGCGGAACCAAUGCCGCCAAGAGUUACUUACAAAGAUCCACCUCCCACGAGUGGUUCCGAUCAUUCAACGAUGAAUGAAAUGCCACCUCGCGAGAGCGAAAGAGCGGGACUUAAUCCUAGAUCUGCGACCAUGAGGGCCAAAUCAUUAGGUCAUGCAAGAAGAGAAAGCAUACAAGCUCGACGAGCUCGAAGGGAGGAAGCUAGAGAAGCAAAUGUACCCGAGGAGACAGAUGUUGAAAUGGGCGACAAUAGUGGUCUAUCAACCGAACGAGUUGACAAUGCAGAGAAUGUCAAACCCGUAUUUCUCAAGGGUCUGUUCAGCGUGUCUACCACAUCAACCAAGCCGGUUCAAGCCAUUCGAACGGACAUCAUCAGAGUAUUGAGGCUCCUGGGGGUGGAGUAUACAGAAAUACGAGGCGGUUUCAGUUGUCGGCACAUUCCUAGUAUUGAUUUAAAGAAGGUUGUCGAUGUACCUCCUAGCAGUCAUGGAAAUCACACACCUGGGCACAGAAGGAAGAUCAGUUUCGGAGGUUUCAUGGGAGGUGGCAACAAUGCAGAAAGAGAUCGUGAGGAUUUCCGAGAAGCAGAAAGAUCACCACCAAACUCCAGAACUCCACGUAGAACUCGUGGUCCCGAAAAUAGCUACUCAAAUUCAGAUGCUUCUGAUGAGAGUGUUACCAGACACGGUGAUUCAUCAGCUAGGGCUGUAGGCGAAACUAGCACACAUGUUCAGAGUGAUCUUGGUGGGAGCAUGAUUCUUGAAUUCGAGAUCUUCAUCGUCAAAGUUCCUCUUCUCUCCUUACACGGCAUCCAAUUUAAGAAGCUUCGUUCAGGAGGAACUUGGCAAUUUAAGAAUAUGGCAGAUCAAAUUCUUCGCGAGCUCCGACUAUAAUAAGUCUCACGAAAAAUCUCAACACGAAUACGCGAGUCCUAUGAAUACUUCUAUUUGAGUUGUAACACAGGGCUUUAAAUCAGCUAUUCUUUGGUUGAUUCACUUGAACAAAACAUGUGGGCGAAUGGACGAUGGGAAGAAAGACAUACACGCAUUACUCUUGAAACGAAUUCCUUUUGUUAGCGAAAUUGAUGAGAAGAUGGCAUGCAUCGUCACAAAUUUUGGGGCCAUUUUGUUUUUUAUUGCGCACACAAAUUUCAUUUGUUUGUUCCCAUGCUCGACAAUUGUUUGUGUUGAUUUCCUUGCGGAACCAAUUUGUGGUUCAAAUAUGUAGUAAUUAUGGGAUAAGAGUUCCUUUUAGGGGGAAUGAGGGACAACAUUUGAAAUUUGGCAUUUCCUUAAUAUUGUGGGGAAGGAAUCUUGGUUUGGGAUACGUUUAUUGUGGAGGGAAGGAGAUAGGAAGGGGAUAAAAGUAGUUGAUUGGCUAGGAGGGAUGUGUACUUGGGGUUGUGCAUGCAGUUAGUUGAUUGUGGGAAGGGAUGAGGGAAGGAGUGAAGAUAAGACUGGAGCUAUGGGUAGGUAGGGCAAGAACAAGGAUAGAUAUUCCGAUAUUGUACUUCUCAAUUUGAUUACCUCA